GAGAUAACUCUUAAUUCUUAAAUGUCAUUUUAGGAUUUUAGGAACGUCAAGUUCUCACAGAACGAAAGUGACAAAAAGUCCACCAAUGACGAGACUAUUGUAUCAUGGCAGAUAGACUUCAAACCGUCCUGGGUCAUUUGGCCAAAGAACAUGGGCCUAAGCGAAUUGUUAAUUUCAGUUCAGCAUCUGCAGGUACACAUACUUAUGACAGCACUGGAAUAUUUCAGUAUACACUGGACAGUCCAAAACUGAGCACUGAGCAGAGAACAUUCUAUGAAGAUAAUGGAUUUCUGGUCAUAAAGAAACUGGUAUCCAAGGAAAAUUUGGAUAAAUAUAGAGAGCGUUUUGAAAGGAUUUGUAAAAAAGAAAUACAAGUGCCUGGUUUAAUUGUAAUGAGAGAUGUUGCCAUUGCUAAGUCAGAGUUUGUUGCAGGAGAAAAAGCUGUCACAAAAAUACAAGACUUUCAAAAUGAUGAGGUUCUCUUUGAAUACUGCACCCUUCCUGAGGUGCUUGAUUACGUGGAAUGUUUUACUGGUCCCAACAUCCUAGCUAUGCACACAAUGCUGAUCAACAAACCACCAGAUCCAGGAAAGAAAUCAUCUCGGCAUCCUUUGCACCAAGACUUGCACUAUUUUCCAUUCCGACCUGCUAACAGGAUUGUGUGUUCCUGGACAGCCAUGCAGAAAAUCAAUCGUCAAAAUGGCGGUCUUGUUGUUAUCCCUGGAACACACAAAGGACAACUACUGGAACAUGAGUAUCCCAAGUGGGAGGGAGGAGUAAACAAAAUGUAUCAUGGCAUCCGUGACUUUGAUCCAAACAGUGCUAGAGUACAUUUGGACAUGGAGGAAGGUGAUACAGUAUUCUUCCACCCAAUUCUUAUCCAUGGGUCUGGCAUGAACAAAACCGAUGGAUUCAGAAAGUCUAUCUCAAGCCAUUUCUCUACCGGUGACUGCGAGUACAUAGAUGUUAGCAAGUCCACACAGGGAAUUAUAGCAGAUGAAGUGCUGGACCUUGUGGUGAAACGAGUCGGAGUGAAAAAAGAUGAAGUCGACUAUCAGGAUAUAUGGAGGUACAAAAGUCGCCUAGUCAGAGGAGUUGACCAAAACCAGUGACAUUUUCUUCCAGAAUGUUGCAGUGAUUAAACUGUAGUACCACAAGGACUUUUUAAGUUCAGAGUAUGGAUAUAUUGGACAAGUAUUUACCCAUGAUUAAUAACCACACUGCAAAGUAAAUCAGUCUUUUAAAUGGUGCAUUGUGUCUUAUCGUAUGGUUUGAUUUUGCAAAUAGGACUGAAAGUCAAGUGGCAAAAUUUAAGUUUUUUCAAUUUACCCAUAAAGUUUUUGCAUUGUUUAAAUUAUCUUAAUGAUGUAUGUUCUUGACAUUUAUGAUGUUUAAAAAUACUGGAACUUGAAAGAAAAGAAAAAAAGCUUUAUUUAAUAACACACAAUCAACACAUUGUCAUUAGAGUAAUAUGGCAUCAGACAUAUUUAAGGACAGAUAAUUUGGGAUCUUUUACAUGCACCAUCCCAUAGACAGGAUAGUACAUACCAUGGUUUUUGUUGCACCAUUUAUGAAGCACUGGCUGGAGUGAGAAAUACAGUGGACCCUGUUCAAGCCGGCAUCUGUCUAAACCAGAUUUCUGUGGAAACCGGCACAUUUUUAAAGUCCUGUCCAGCUACCAUUAAUUUAUUAGGAACACAACUCUGCCUACACUGGAUGCUGUCUGAUCCGGACUUCGGAUGCAAUUUUAAGUGUCAGUUUGUCAAUUGGGAGAGAAAAAGAGUAGGUCCAUAUUUCUACAUAUACAUAUUCUAAGCAAGACAAUUCAAGUAUAUUGUUGUUUUAAUUAUUAAAAAGGGCUAUAUUUGUAGGAAAUAUGUCACAGGGAAUACAAACUGAGAAUCCCAUUUUGAAAAAGCUGUCUUUUAAAUGGUAUAAUACAUGAAAAUGUAUAAUUUGCAGCUUUAUAAACUAUAUUUAUUACGGGUUUCGCUGUACUAUGAUAUUUUAUUGUAUUUUCAAUUGCAGUGCACUGGUUAAAUGACAUCACAUGUGAAAUCAUUUGGGAUAUUUUUGUUUAUAUUUUCAAAAAUUUCUUAAAAUAUAAACACUUAUAAAAAAAUUCCCCAAAGCAGAGUUUAGUGGAUUUUGGAUAUGAUGUUCUGCAAAACACAGCACUUUUAAUGAUACCAAAAUCAUUUCUAUACCAUUUGUUUUCCAGGUUCGACCACUUUUUCACCUACAAUGACCAGAUUAUGGGCUCUGUCCCACCCCAAUAAUUGUACUUGACAGUUCCUCCCUCAUAUUAAUUUUGCUUUCUGAUUCAAACAAAAAGUGUUGUUCUAGUCGUCAUAAGUGGUACUAUGAAGAAUAAAUAAUUGUAAACUUUAGAUGAAUUAAUCUGUACUAUCGAAGAUAUAGGCAAUUUUGAGGUGUACCAGUUCUUCUAAGAAAACUUAAGUUAUAGUUUAGUUAACAAUUUAUACUUACAAAUAAAUAUUUGGAAUUGUUCAGUUCUUAAAUAAAAUUGUGAUCAUCAUACUAUUUAAAAUUGGUUUAUUAUAGAUUUUUAUAUUAUACCCAGAUAAGAUAGUUCACAUUGUUUUGUUUAAAGAUGUCUUCACCAAGUUUUUGCCUUUGUGGUUUUUAUUGUACAUUUUUAAAUAAUUAAUUCUUGAAAUACUGUACAUUAGAACAGUCAUUUUAACUGAUGAUUGAUUUUUUUCAAUUUAUAUUUUAUUCUGUUAUUCCAGUAAGUGUCAUUUUAAUGUAUAAUUUUAUAAAUAUGCAAUUAAUA